AUGGAAGCCUUUAUGGCAAUAUUUCGACACUUUUGCGCCCGACGUGGAACGUGCAUGCACAUUUACUCGGAUAAUGGCACUAAUUUUGUGGGUGCAUCAAAAGAGUUGAAAGAAAUAUAUGAGUUUCUACGCAAAGAAAAGGAUCAGAUCGCAUCACAGUUAGCUGUACAAGAGAUACAGUGGCAUUUUAUUCCACCACGUUCGCCACAUUUUGGAGGACUGUGGGAAGCUGCGGUCAAGAGUGCAAAAAGAUAUCUUAAGAUCGCUAUGAAAGAAUUACUUUUUACGUUCGAAGUAUACUAUACGCUAUUAGUUGAAAUCGAAGAUGUGUUAAACAGUAGACCUUUGACAGCCUUAUCAGCGGAUCCGAAUGACUUAACACCUCUUACACCGGCGCAUUUUUUAAUUGAAGCACCUUUGCAAGGAGUAGCAGAGAGGAAUUACCUGGAGACGCAACUAAUCAUCUAA